GUCACGUGACCAGAAAUGAAGCAAACUGAUGGCAACAAAUUAAAUGCCGAAUCGCUAAAGAGGAAAUUGGAAGAGACUGUGACCGCAGCCAUGCCAGGUAUCUUGCUGGGAGACGUGUUUCCAAAUUUCGAGGCUGAUACAACAAUCGGCAAAAUAAAGUUUCACGACUUUUUGGGAGACUCAUGGGGCGUUCUUUUCUCCCAUCCUCGUGACUUCACGCCGGUGUGCACCACAGAACUGGCCUGUGCAGCCAAAGUCAGUGAUCAGUUUGUCAAGCGCAAUGUGAAGAUGAUCGCUCUGUCCAUUGACAGUGUGGAGGACCAUCUCAGCUGGAGCAAGGAUGUGAUGGCCUUCAACCCUGAAAAGGCUGGCUCUCCCAUGCCAUUCCCCAUCAUUGCGGAUCAUAACAGAAAGCUGUCAGUGCAGCUGGGGAUGCUGGACCCUGAUGAGCUGGACAAAGAUGGCAUGCCCCUGACUGCUCGUUGCGUCUUUGUGAUCGGCCCAGACAAGAAACUGAAGCUGUCUAUCCUUUACCCUGCAACAACGGGUCGUAAUUUUGAUGAGCUGCUGAGGGUCAUCGACUCCCUGCAGUUAACCGCCCAGAAGAAAGUUGCCACACCAGUGGACUGGAAGGUUGGCGAUAAGGUCAUGGUCAUCCCCUCCCUUUCUGAUGAGGAGGCAAACAAACUCUUCCCCGCUGGCUUCACCACUAAAGAAGUGCCUUCUGGGAAAAAAUACCUGCGUUACACACAGCCAUGAAGAAGGCUUGCUAGAAAGAUUUAACUUAGAAGAUCUGUUUGUUUACACAUUUUCACCAGUGAUGGCGAAGCAACAUAUCUUCUUCUAACCAAGCAGCAUCACAUAUACAAUAAAACACUGCCUUUGACAUGUCGGAACAAUUAAACAUAGUGCAAGAAUAUUCAUGGUGCCUUACUGUGCUGUAAACUAAAUAAAGAUCUUUUCUUACUGUAGAUA